AUGGAUAAAUCGAGUGAUGCGGGGUCAGGGAAGCCAUUCGAUCAAACCAAAGCAAUCGAACUGAUUCGAAUCCUGUCUCUACGCGGCCGAAGACUCUCGCUCCAUGGCUUGGCCAAGCAGCUUGGUCAGCUCAGCCGCAGCCCUCCGCAUCACCCGACAUACGAUCCCAUCAGUCCAAAAGGGCACAUUCGAAUUCUUUUGCUCCACCAAGGAAAAUUCCAUGAUCCAAUCCGUGCCGACCUCACGGUCGUCAACCUCUCUGACAACCCAUCAUUCGACGCAGUAUCAUAUUGCUGGGCUGAUGAGUUUCGCAACGCUACAAAACGCUGCGAGGCUUUCAUUAAUGGAAGUAUUAUUCCGUUUCCUAUCACACGCAAUUGCCAGGCGGCCUUACGUCGGAUUCGCAAAACGGACCAAGUAACAAGAUUAUGGAUUGAUGCUAUUUGUAUCAACCAAGACAAUAGCAAAGAGAAGGGCCAUCAAGUGGAUCUCAUGCCUCAGAUCUACAGCAGCGCCAGAAGGACCUACGUGUUUCUCGGUGAGGGCGAAGCAGGGGCAGAGGGACUUGAUAAGCUAUCAAAGGGCAGAGAUCGAAGAGAAUGGGAUUUCUACGAAUUGCCCUACUUCUCGAGAAUUUGGAUUUUGCAAGAAAUCGCGUUAUCUAAAGAUCUCCGAGCUAUCUUUGGGGCAACAGAAGUACCUUAUUCGUCAACCUUCACCCGAGAUCGUAUGUUGACGAUGUUCGGAUCCCCGAUUACCGUCGCACUUCUUCCUUCAGCUAUCUUGCUCCACGAAGACGAUCGAUUUCGUGGGUCGGCGAGCUUGCUACAGGGGCUCCAACUUGGCCGUCCAUGCAAAGCCACCAAAGCCGAGGAUAAAGUUUUCGGGGUCCUGGGGAUGGUGCAUCCACAGCAGAGACAUGGCUUGUAUGCCGAUUACGAAUCUGGGGUUACUGAUGUAUACGUUCGAGCUGCUAAACAGCUUAUCGAAAACGACGGGGGCUCUCUGCGAUCGGUGCUUGGCUCCAUUAUUUGCAACAUGACCAUCGCGGGCACGUUUGGCAAAGAGACCCCCGGGCCAUACGACCUGCCCUCAUGGGUUCCAGACUGGCGACAGCAACGGGAACUUACCAGAAUGUGUGGGUGGACUUUCGAAGAGAGACUCAUUAACUGGUACCCUGGAAGCAAGAAGGAGCCCAACAGGACUUACGAGCCAAUGUUGGACAUCCCUGCGAGAUUCUCAAUUCACCCUUAUUUCUUGCAGUUAGACGGGCAGUUUCUGGGAGCGCUCACUGAGCUCCGCCGCUGGUUUGAAUACCGAGUAUGGUUCUUUGACGAGAGACAUUUCAAGCCAUUUGACACCUCGCCUCCACACAACUCUGAAAUCAUAGGAGAGCCGAAUGGGAGCAUCGUAGCAUUCAAAGUACAAAAUCAUCAGAAACCUAUCGAGGACAGGGUGAUGAUUGAAAAUAAACACUCGUUGUCUGUCGUCGACACUUAUGCUCUUCUUCUUUAUGGCAACUUUGAAGACUUUUGGCUCAAGACACAACUAUUAGGAAAUACGGGAAAGGAGUCCGACGGUUGUUCAAGGGAAGCUAUGAUUUCAGUCGAAUGGAUUCGAGGUAGGCCCCCGGCUGCUACAGACUCCUCUGGAUCACAGCCAAUCGACAGGCAGGAUCAAAGUUCCGGAGUUGACACGACGGAUGAGAGAAACUCGAUUAGAUGGUUCAAGUUACUCGGGUUGAUGUGCCUCAGUGGUCCUGCCAUCAAUAUCACAGGGAAAGGAGGAGAUUUACAAGAGAUUUCAAUUUCGUAG